AUGUAUGAAAGGAAGGUCGGGCCAUAUGUUAAUCCAGAGUUCGAGAAAGGGGUUGAUGAAUUUAUGCAAUACGUCAAAGAUAAUCCCGAAAGUAGUAACCCGAAUGAAGUUAGGUGUCCAUGUGCUAAAUGUAAGAACAAACGGCUUUGGGACCCAGAUACGGUUAAACUCCAUUUGUUUCGCGCGGGUUUUGUACGUAAUUACUAUGAGUGGAUGUGUCACGAGGAAGGUUUUCCGACAGUUCCUGCAAGAGGGUCCAACGAAUAUCGUGAAAUGGUUUUCGAUGCGUUUGGUCAAAGUCAGGAUCAUGUGCAUUCCGAAGAGGCUAGUGUUUCAUUAGAAGAGGAGCCUAAUGCCCAAGCUAAGCAUUUUCUGGAUUUGUUGAAGGCUUCUGAAAGGCCAUUAUACGAAGGUAGUUUGUUGUCUGUGUUGGAGAUGGCCGCUAGAAUCACAAGUCUAAAGUGCGAGUAUAAUCUUCCGCACAGAUGUGUCGAUGGGUUUGUUUCACUUCUCAGUGAAGCAAUUCCUAACAACAAUCAAAUGGUCGACACAUUCUAUGAGGUGAAAAAGAUUGUGAAGGGCUUGGAAAUGCCUCAUGAAAGGAUUCACACUUGUCCUAAAGGAUGUAUGUUGUUUUGGAAGGAUGAUGCCCAGCUGUCUACAUGUAGGGCGUGUGGUAGCGAUCGCUACAAGAAGACUUCCAAGGGUAUAGUGCCUUUGAACGUUUUGUUUUAUUUCCCGAUCACACCCAGGCUGCAAAGGCUGUUUACAACCAAGACUAUUUUGGAGGAAAUGACAUGGCAUUCGAAAAAUCCUCGAGUGCAAGGCACUAUGGCACACCCUAGUGAUAGUGAAGCUUGGAAACACCUGGACAACUGCUUUCCAGAGUUUGCCUCCGAGCCUCGUAAUGUUCGGCUUGGUUUGUGUACAGAUGGUAUCGCUCCUCAUGGCAAGUUUGGGGGACAAUAUUCUUGUUGGCUUGUCAUUUUGACCCCUUACAACCUGCCCCCCUCAAUGUGUAUGAAAAGACAAUUUAUGUUCCUUUCGUUGCUCGUUCCUGGUCCUAAAAAUCCUAAGGGCAACUUGGAUGUGUACAUGCAACCGUUGAUUGAGGAGUUGAAACAGUUGUGGGAAGUUGGUGCACAUACGUACGAUAUUUCCAUGAAACAGAAUUUCAAUCUUCGAGCAGCCAUCCUAUGGACCGUUAGUGACUUCCCGGCUUACGGUAUGUUGUCCGGUUGGGCCACAUCUGGUAAGAAAGCUUGUCCAUAUUGCAUGGACAAAAGCAAAGCAUUUUGGCUAGAAAAUGGUUGUAAGGUGUCUUGGUUUGAUUGA